UUUAUGCAAAAGGUUUGCAAAUUAUGAACUUUGCUAUUUAAUCAUGGCGGAGUCAAUAUUCUCAAAAACUAGAUAAAAGAAACGGAUCAAAGUUUUCGGAAUAUUUUGGUUCUAAAUAUGAUAUCCUUUUCUCGGAGUUAACAACGCUAAAAGAUCUUCGUAGAUAUGGUCUGUUUUUGCAAGAAUAAAACAAUGGAAACAAAAGAAUUUAUCUGAUAAAAUUACAAAUAAACAAUGUUUACACAAAAUUGAUCGGUAAAUGGAUCCACGCCAAUGCUUUACUUGUAUAUCCUGUAACAUACAUUGAAUAUUAUAUUACUGCAACAUUCGUGAAUGGAGCCAACCUGGUUGCUAGAGAAAAAGCAAGCUUAAAGAAUAACGAUUUUUGACAAAACUUGACAAAUUGUUUGAUAUACGGAAUUGUAAUUGCUAAAUUAUUACUUGUCAAGAGAAAAAUUGUUUUUCAGAAUGUAACGAUGAAGCCCAUACUUACUCUAAGUGUGAAAAGAAGAAAAUGAUUCCAAAGAAAAAGUUAGUUUUCAAACUUUAACAAAGAGCUAAAUUAUGGACUACCAGUUUGCAUCAAAUUGGAUUAGCUGACUUGAAAGAAAACAAAAAGCUACAUAUAUUGGAGAAAGAAGAUCGUAGUAAGAAUGAAGUAUUUUGUAUAAUUCUGUUUCAAAAUUAAUAAUUUGAAGAAAUGAGUCAAAAAGAGAAUGAAGACAUUAUGCUAUAUGUGACGAAAAAUAUGGUGAAUAAAGAUGUUGAGGCAAUUAAAUAUUACUAAAGAAAUGAUAUUGGUGCUGGUAUUCUUGAAAAUAUUCAUACUCCAAUCAAAUUAGUUGAAGUUUUAGAACAGCAUAAUUUUUUAGGGGAUGAUUAUAACAAAUUCGUUAAAUUGCUUGCAAAAAUUGGAAGGUGUGAUCUGGCUAAAUACAUUAGUGAUAUUCAGCAAGGAAGAAGAAAACAACAUUACAAAAAGAAUUAAAUUUGGUGGUAUAUUUAAAUUCGAUUUACAUGAAGAUAUAAGUUGUACUUUAGUUGAAUUUAAACGCCACAACGUUGAUCACUGGAUGUCUAUUAAUAAUAAGAAACAAUUAGAUCCAUAUUACUUGACCAGAAAAAAGAACAAUGAGAUGUUUGUCAAAGUGGAAAAUUUGAAAUAUCGCAAUGAAAAGAUUAAUUUUAGGUUUACAUUUCAAGAUUUGCAAAAAAACAUUACUUAUAAAGAUGGUCCUAAAGAUUGUACUAUUUUAGGUAAUUGCAACUAUGAAUCAGCUUACUAUGAUAUUACGAUUGCAACACCUGAACCGAUUUUCAACAAUGAAUUCAUAAAAAAUAUAAGAAAACCAAGUUCUUUGGAUUGGAGAAAAUCUGCCAAUAUUGUUCUUGAUAAAGUAUCAAUUGAUCAACCAAUAGAGUUAAUUGCAGAUAAUUAUAUGGACAUAAAUUUUUCUGACUUUUCAGAUGUCAUUUGUAUUUGUCCUUCAUCUGGUAACAAUUAUAUUUCCUUGGUAAUUGAAAAAUUUCGUGAAAUGCUCUCUGAAAAUAAAACUGCAAAUAAAAUUGGUGUUUGUGCUAUUAUACCUGGUUACGAAUUGCACUAUCAUGCUUCCCUUUUAGAGUGCAUUAAUGAUGAUAUUGAAAGUUGUAAAGCUGAAGAUAGAAUAAUAUUAUUUUACUCUAAACUCAAUCUUGUUGUUAUUAUGCGUAUUGCUACUUCAUUAGAUCUUAUCUCAUUAGAAUCUAAAAAUUGUUUGAAUGAUGUUGCAUUAUUUAUUAAUGUUAACAGUCCUUACAUUGAAGCUAAUAAAUUAGUCGUUUUAGGAAUUAUUGUUUUACCAACAUUUGAGCGUAAAGAGUUAAAUGAAGAAUUAUUUUUUCUUUUUUCUGAAACCUGGAGAGAAGAAAAAAAUCAGGAACAAAAAUUUAUACAAUUUUUAUUUUUAUGUAAGGACGAUAUGGAAGAUAACAAUUUUAACCAAUGGUGGAGAUUAGUUGUUGGUUAUUGCUGUAACAAAAUUAAAGAUAAAAGUAAUAAAUUAGCAUUCUUUAAAAAACUAAUUGGAUUAACUAUGAUAAUAAUGGCUACUGACGAUAAAUUCAUUGUUCCCACAAUACAUAAUGAAACCCAAAAACAAAUCAAAACAUUGAUUCUUAACUAUGAACAAUGGAAUGCUAUAUACAGAAAAGAACUUAAAAAAAUUAUCACAGGAGGAUACGGUUCAGGAAAAUCUGUUGUUGGACAGGAAAUUGUUAAAAAAUGUUUAUCAGAAACGUCUGAAAAUCAUUUAACUUUGUAUUAUAUAUGUUGUAACCAUUUCUCUUUGUUUGAAUAUGAAAUGAAAAAGUUUGUUGAUAAAAUUGAGAAAUCUGCAAAUGUUACUGUUGUUUGUGAUAAUUUACAUGAGUUAUGGGAAAAAAUACCCAAAAAAAAAUUUUUAAAAAAAACAAACAUUUCUAUUCCAGUAUUGUUAGAGCAUUUGGUUGUCAACAACACUAAUAAAGUAUAUUUUAUAUUGGAAGAACUCUCUUCUGACUAUGUCAAUGAAGAAGAUACAAUACAGCUGAAAAAAUUAUUUUUAUCUUCAUUGAAAGAAUCGUUAGUUGUUUUUAUACCUGAAAGCGUUGAAAAAUAUCGUGAAUUGAUUAGAAAUAAAGAAAAACAGGUAAUACAAAAGAAUUAUUUUAAUAAAGAAAUGCUAGGCAUGGAGGUCUUUGAUCUCAAGAAAUCCAUGAGAGUAACCAUGUGUAAUAAAUUAUUAAUAGAUUCUUCUGAAAAUUCAAUAAGUGAAUCAAAAACUGUUUGUAAUUUUCCAAAUUCAAAAAUAAAUAAAAAAUCACAAAUGAAUAAAAAAGAUUUAUUUGAAAAGAAACAUUCACAAAUAAAACAGACUCAACAUAGCUCUACAGAAUCAAACGAUGAACCCACUAUUAAAUCAAAGUUAAAUGAUGAUCACUCAGUUGGUGAGAAAUUAAGUGACUUAGAAAAAACAAAUGAUAAGAAAUCUGUUCAUAACUCUCAUGAUAGUGAUCAGAAUUACUUGUCAAAUACAAAAGUAGAAAGUACCAGCGAUAUAACUGGAAGUGGUUAUUAUGAAUAUGAUAUCGAUCAAAUGUCAAAGCAGGUAUCAGUUCAAACUAAUGGUGUAAUUCCAAAGUGCAUUAUGGAAACAAGUUAUUUAUUCAAACCAGGCACCAUUGGACACUCAAUUAAAGGAGAAAAACCCAUGGUAAUACGUUUUCCUUUUCAUGACAUUACAGAUAUGCAUUCUGUGAAGAUUUUGUCUGUUGUGUUACAGCAUCUUUUUAUUGAAAAACUAAGAAAAACUGUAGUUAUAUGCAAUAACAUGGAAGAAGUUCAAUCUGUUGCAUAUGCAAUAGAGAUUAUAGAUGCUAUUGAAAAAUUUAAAGCAGUAACUUAUGCACCAUAUUUACAAAAAAAUACUCCAACAUUCGCAGAAAAAGUUAAAGUUAUACAGGAUGUGUUUAAUGAAUUUGAUAUUCUUGUAACAGACAGUAAAGGUUUUUCUGGAGCGGAAUCUGAAUCUGUAGUUGUGGUUGUGAGACUAGACGAAAUUUUUUUACGACAUGUUCUCGUAGAUGCCAUGGCAAGGUCAAAUUCACAUUUAGUAAUUUUAGUUUUAGACUGCAAUGAUAGAGAAAUUUUAAAACAAAAGGGAACUAUUGAAAAUGUAAUAAAUGAUUGGUCAGAAAACAUAGUAGAAGAAAUCAAAGUUGAUGUUUGCAAUAAAGAUGAUCAACUGUGCACACGUACAGGUUUUUGUUUAACAAUAAGUAAAAAUUGCAAAGAGUUUGAUGUUCGUGGAUCUAAAGAAGACUUUGAUGCAUAUAAGGACAAUAUAAAGUUUAUAGUUAAUGAAAAAAAUAUAGCAAGCAAUAAAUAAAACUUUGGAAGAAAAAGACAUUAAAAACUCUGUUUAUUGUACGAUAUGGCACCCAAAGGUAAAUAUUUAAACACUACUCAACGAAAACUUAUUAUAGACUUGGUUAAACAAAUAAAUACUUAUAGAAAAGUUGAAGAACUUUUAAAUAUUCCAUUUACAACAGUAGAAGUCAUUGUAAAGAAAUACCAACAAUAUGAAACAUUUGAAAUUCAUACUGGAUGAGGGCAAAAACGGAAGACAAGUUCAAGAGACGAUUUAAAAAUCGUCUCUUGAACUUGUCUUCCGUUUUUGCCCUCUAAAGAGACGAUUUAAAAAUCGGUUUAAAACUGCAAAAAAUAUAGCAAAUUAUUUGAAGCAUUUAACAGGAAACACAAUCGUGAGAUUGUGUUUACUGUUAAAUCCACUGAAUCCUGCUUUAUGAAUGCAGUUUCUACAUUAAGUAGAAACUGCAUUCAUAAAGCAGGAUUCAGUAGAUGUAUAGCUCGUAAAAAACCAUUAAAAAAAAAAAUCAUAUGAAGAGAUGAAUGAACUUUGCAAAAAAGUAUUAUUUAAUGUAUGUAUCACUUUUGAAAAAAGCUCUUUGGUCUGAUGAAUCCAAGUUUAACUUAAAAAAAUCUGAUGGUGCACAAAGAGUUUGGGGAAAGACGGGUGCAGCUUUUGAUUUAAGUUGCACGCGAGGAACAGUCAAACAUGGCGGUGGAAGUGUGAUGUUAUGGGGUUGUAUGGCAUGGAAUGGUGUUGGUAAACUUGAGUUUAUUAAUGAAACAAUGAAUGCUGAUUUGUACAAAAAUAUAUCAAAACAAAGUUUAAAAUCUUUUGCUAAAAAGCUUAGGUUGGGAAAUAUUUGUUUCAACAAGACAAUAAUCCAAAACACACUGCUGAAAAAACUAAAAGCUUUCUCGAUGAAAAUGGCAUAAACGUUUUAGAAUGGUCUUUGCAAAGCCCUAAUUUGAUUCUAAUAGAGCAUU